AUGAGGGGCAGGAUGGUUUCUUUUAAUUCCCUUUGGAUUGCUGCGCUUAUUCUUGUCACCAAUGGCGUAAACGCCGAAAAACCAGAACAUGGAUCUGGGUUUAAAGUGCGACAUAACUUGAACCGUGGCCAAAGGCGUCGGGGACUACAGGUCGACUAUUAUAACAGCAAGGGAAGCAGCGGCAAGGGGAGCAGCGGAAAGGGGAGCAGCAAGGGUACCCCAAAUCCAACACCCAUGCCCACUCCUCCUCCAACAGCUGGACCAACUCCUUCUCCCACACCUCCACCAACUCCAGGACCAACUCCUCCUCCCACACCCCCACCAACAGUUGGACCAACCCCUCCUCCAACUCCUCCACCAACAGCUGGACCAACUCCACUACCAACUCCACCUCCUACAACUGGACCAACUGAGGCUGUAACUUUCCAGUCGUUUAUCCGAGUGGAAGUCGCAACAUCGGAUGGUAUGAAUCUCAACCAACAAGCUAUUGAUAACCUGGUGACUGGGACCGUCAAUAUUUACAACGCUGAAAAAGACAACUGCGCAGAUCCUUUCUCCAGACGAAUGACGGGUGCCGAAAUCUACUCGGUUGCUCCUGCAGGCAGACGCCUGAAUCGAAACAUUAGCAACAGGAAAAAGGUUACAACGGGAAAUCAUGCAAAACGCAAGUUGCAGAAUCUCAAUAUUUUCGUAUUUUUGAGAGUCAAUGGUGAAUGUAAUGGAUGUCGAAACAGGCCGUUCUUCUUUAACCAAGUUGUCGACCGUCGUGAUCUUCAACAAUGUACUAUUGUGACAACUGGCGCUUGGCUGAACACCUUUAACGGUGCCGCACUAAUGGGGGCUUAUGGAAACAUCAUCAGCGCCCAAUCCAUCAAGGAUGUUUCAGAGCCAUCGUCGGUGAAGUCGUCGAAGGUGAGCUAUAUAAACGACUAA